CAGCAAGCAAGAAGAGGCACAGCGGCAACAAGGAACAGUUGAAGAGAAGAUGGCUUCUUCCUCGUCGGUGCUGCUGGUUGCGGCGGUGUUGGCCGCGGUCGUGUGGGGCGCGCACGGCAUCCCCAAGGUUCCCCCGGGCCCCAACAUCACGGCGUCGCCUGCGAGCUACGGCAACAAGUGGCUGGACGCCAAGACCACGUGGUACGGCAAGCCGACGGGCGCCGGGCCCAAGGACAACGGCGGCGCCUGCGGGUACAAGGAGGUGGACAAGGCCCCCUUCCACGGCAUGACCUCCUGCGGCAACAUCCCCAUCUUCAAGGACGGCCGCGGCUGCGGCUCCUGCUUCGAGCUCAAGUGCACCAAGCCAGAGGCCUGCUCCGGCAAGCCCACCAUCGUCACCAUCACCGACAAGAACGAGGAGCCCAUCGCCCCCUACCACUUCGACCUCUCCGGCCACGCCUUCGGCUCCAUGGCCAAGAAGGGCGAGGAGCAGAAGCUGCGCGACGCCGGCGAGGUGGAGAUCAAGUUCCGGCGCGUCAAGUGCAAGUACCCGCCGGGCACCAAGGUGAACUUCCACGUGGAGAAGUCCUCCAACGAAAACUACCUGGCGCUGGUGAUCAAGUUCCUCCAAGGCGACGGCGACGUGGUGGGCGUGGACAUCAAGCAGAAGGGCGAGGACAAGUGGACCGAGCUCAACGAGUCGUGGGGAGCCGUGUGGAGGAUCGACACCCCCCACAAGCUCAUCGGCCCCUUCUCCGUCCGCUACACCACCGAGGGCGGCACCAAGACGACCGUCGACGACGUCAUCCCCAAGGGCUGGAAGCCCGACACCUCCUACGAGGCCAAGGGCGGCUACUGAAGCUGAUGAUGAUGAUUCUUCUUCCGGCCAGCUUAAUUAAUUAACUUCUUUUGGCUCCAGAAGAAGAAUAAACCAGCCGCACAUAUAUCAUACAUAUGAUGCGAUGAGAGCAUGAGUAUAUAUACUUAUUCAUUCUUUUACUAUAGGGAAAGAGCGUGGGCAACUAAUAAUUUCUUGUUUUGAUGUAUCUAAACUUGCUCAUGAUUGUAAACAUGUCUUAUUAAUAGAAAUUGGUAUGCACGCAUUAA